AUGGCACAAGAUUCAUUGGUAUCUAAUAAAUUUCGUAUAGGUACUGUUAAUGUUCAUUCUUUUCGAAGUCCAUUCUCUCGAAAGAGUAAUGCAAAAGUAUUAGCAUCAAUUCUUGCUCCAUACAAUCUUGAUAUACUCGCUGUUGAAGAAAUGCGUAAUGAUAAUAAUAAUUGGACAACUCUUCAUGAACAAUUAUCAUUAAAUUAUUCAGUUGUAGGAUUAAGUGGUGGAUUAUCUUUUGGUAAUGCUAUUGCUUCUCGUCAUCCUAUCAUUCAACAUUCUAAUCAAAUAACACAAGAACGAUAUACAGGUGGUAGUCGAGCAAUGUUACAAUGUCGUCUGGGUGGUAAUCAUUCUUUCGUUCAAAAUCGUACAUUUGCUGUUACACAUCUAGAUCAUUUUGAUGAAGAUGAUCGUAUAACACAAAUUAAAGAAUUUAUUCCAGAUUCUAAUAAUAUAAAUAUUCUUCUAGGUGAUAUGAAUGCAUUAACACAAGAAGAUUAUUCCGAUAAAUAUCUACAUGAUAUAAUUAUUAAAAAACGAGAAUCGAAUGGAUGGGAACAACCAAGAUUUGAACUGAUACAUUUAUUAACUAAUAUAUGGGGUUUUGAGGAUACUUUCCGAAAAAUGAAUUCAAAAUUGAAAGAUACACAUGUUGUAACAUGUUCAUAUGGAAGUCGUAUUGAUUAUAUAUUUCAUCGGCCUUUAUUAAAUGAUGAAUGGGAAUUAACGGAAUGUUUUAUUGUAGAUACACGUCGAUCAACUGAUCAUAAUGCUAUUGUCGCUACUUUUGAACGUAAAUUGUAA